AAACGGAAGUGGGAUAGUGGGAAUGGCGAAGGAGGUGAGAACUGUCAGGAUGAAGUGAGUGGCUGUAAAUUCUGGGCUGCCAAUAAUGACUGCUACUGCAAGCCAACUGAUGGAGAUUGCUCAUGGCAAACUUAUGUUGCCAAGACAUGUCCCAAGAGUUGUGGAACAUGUAAUGAAGGUGGAAAUGGAGGUGGUGAUGGAAGCAUUGACGGUUGCGUCAUUGACUGCUCCCUCGGAAAGUAUCUGCCACAUCCAACUGACUGCCGCAAGUUCAUCCAGUGUGCCCCGUAUGGUCCCGAAGAGAUGCCUUGUGCUCCUGGAACGGUCUGGAACCAACAGAAACUCACCUGUGAUCACGAAUGGGCUUCUCCUUGUGUGACAGGCAGCUACUUGACUCCAGAAGGUCUACCAUGUGGAGGAGGUAGUGGUGGAAACGGAAGUGGAGACGGUGGAGACAAAGGAAACGGAGGUGGAGACGAAGGAAACGGAGGUGGAGACGAAGGAAACGAGGAA